AUGGCAUCAUCCUGUAUGCCGGACCAUCAAGUGCAACAGAACAAUAUGGACAAUAAUAAUGUGGAUAUAUCCGAUGACGAUGUUAUGAAUUCCGAUGUCGAAGACCAAAUACGGGAGUAUUUUUUUUACGGUGGAGUAGAAUAUUUUUCAUUUUGUUGUGUGUUAAAUUUUCAGAAUAGUUCUACGUGUUGGGUUUGCAAUGGCUAUUAUGGACCCAAUUUUGAUGAGCCAUUGUGUGGAACAUGCCAUGCCUUUCUUUACAAUACUGAACCCACGGAGGAGCUGGAGACCACAAUAUCCGAUGAUGAAGACUCGGGCAAUGAUGAGCCUCCUUUCAAGGAUAAAACAGAAGAAAAUGAUGACGACGAUGAAGAUGUCGAUGUUGACGUUGAUGUGGACGAUGAUGUAGAGGAGGAAGAUCCUGACAAUGAUGCCGUCGAGGAGGAUGUAAUGGAUGAUGUGGAGUUGGAAGCAGAAAAUGACAUGCUAGAAGUAGGAGAGGAUCCGCCAGCAUUGCCUGUGGAAAAUGAAGUGGUGGAGAGACCACAAGUGGAUUUGGUGUUACCCGUUGAAAGGCCAAGACCAUCGGCACCACGUUCUCUGCCCCAGUUAAUGGAACUAUUGUCUGAAGCCAGAGCAAAUGCCAAUGAAGUGGGUGUCGGGGCAAUUACACCAUCCCUACGACCAUCGAAUCACAUUCUAUCGUUUCCGGUGGAGAUUAUGGUCAUCAUAUUCUCGUAUCUCGAUGACAUGUCCAUGUGGAAGGCAAGUGAAGUGUGUAAACAGUGGCAUGAUAUAAUUGCCCAAAAUACUUCACAACAAAUGUGGCGUAAAUAUUUCAAGGAACGUUGGCCACUGUUUCAGAAUUUGGUCGAAAUACAAGAUUGGAUGAAAUUAUAUGGGGCACUGAUGAGUUCAUGUUUUUGUCGAACAUGUCUGCUGCAGAUGGCACUGAAGACACCACCACGAGGGCGUCAAAGUGCCAUCAGGGCAAAUUUCUUGAUAAAUGAUUUCCGCCUGCUGAAUAGUUAUGCCACGGAAGGCAUAGAGGCUAUACCAUUGGAUAAACAGAAUACAUACUGGCAGGCCAGUAUAUUGGGACCACCAGGCAGUCCAUAUGAAGGUGGUAAAUUUUUCAUAUUUAUAUUCUUUCCCGAAAGGUAUCCCAUGAUUCCACCCACAGUUCGUUUUCUUACCAAAAUUCUACACCCCAAUGUUUCACGGCAUGGCGAUGUUGGCAUAGAUAUUUUCCAGCAUAAAUGGUCGUUGGCAUUGAAUGUUUCCAAAGUAUUGUUAUCUGUACAAAGUUUGCUAACGGAUCCUUAUACAGAGGUAUGCAUGGAACCCGAUCUUGGCUAUAUGUACGAACACAAUCGCUGCCGUUUCGAAUCUUUAGCCCGCUCUUGGACAUGGAAAUACGCCAUGUUCGAAUUAAUUCCCCCACGUUAAUAUUUU